UUGGAUCAGCGGUCUCCACAGCCCUUCUUGUCGGCUGCUUCCUCUCUUGGUCAAGGGCGGUAUGGACCGUGAAUUGGCUCACUUUUAUGUGAAUGAGCCUCACGACUCUGAAGCUUGGGAAAGGCGGCCCGCGUUGUUGCAACCAAUGCCCAUUUUUCGAUGCGAAUAUCUUCCAACAAGCUUGGGGAAUCCAGGUCUUCACCAUUCUCCCAGGCUUGCUGGACCAUCUCCUUGCAACCUGAGACGAGCGGGGUCAUGCCAGUCGGGCACCGGAGUCGGUCCGGCGCUCCAACGGAUGUCCCCCGCUUUCGUGACCCCGGUUGCGGCCUGUGGCCCGGAUACCUCGCAGUCGGAUUCAAGCAUUUAGGCGCCUCCGCAACAGAGCGAAUGAGCACGUCAAUAUCUCUAGCGCAUGCCUAACCAAUGGCUGUCACUCUGAGCAAAUAGUCGAAUCAGGCGGCCAUUCUCUCUUUGGUCAGUUAGCCAGCCAUUGGUCGGCAAUGAUGAGGGCCUGCUUGAGACGAAGCUUACUGGCCCCUUGGCUUGGAUCUAUAACCGCUCACUGGCCUCAUGUUGGGUUGCAGUCAUCCCACUUCGCCUCGCCGCGUCAUGCGGCGACAAUGCUCGUGGCGGGAUUACGUCUACGUAUUUCCAGUUUUCGGCUCAGGCUAUCCAAUCUGCAGGUGGGAGGUGGAGCCUGACUGGGUGGUUGCAAGAAAUGGAUGAUACCUCGACAUUGUGGGUAGCCGACAGGAUGGACAAAACGGUGUUUGAUAACGGUUAGCAAUAAGAUAAGAAACGGGGCUGAUAAAAACA